GAAAAGAAGAAAAAGAAAAAGCAUUGUUAAUCUUGGUUUCUGUGGUUGUCCUCUCUCAUCCUCACAUGUUUUCAUAUGCAUCAUUAAUUUAAAUGAAAAACUAAUUUCAAAGGGUUUCGAGCUCAAAUUACGUGCUUCAAUGGAAUCCAUCUCCCCUAACUGCUUAUACGCAGUUCCUCGUCACAAGGCUCUGUCGCCACGAACCUCAAUUCCUCACCCUCCAUUUCAGCGCAAGAAGAAGGCAUGGAGGAAGGGGAGAAUCUCAGCUUCCGCCACCACCCAGAACGGCGUCGUUUCCAGGGCGUUGCAGCUUCUCAGCAACUCCAGCAGCAGUGCAAUGGAGCAGCUCGACUUCGAGCGUGGCGUCUGCGUCCCUUUCCGCAAGUACUCUCCCGAGACCGUGAGGAAUAAAGUAUUAGAGUCAAGAGGGGCUAUUGUGUCACUUAUGUUGCGAGGAGUGGAGAUAGUUUGGAGUCUGGGCUUGUACUGGUCUAAUUUGACAUAUGACUUCCUUGUUGGACGGGAUGAAGAGGUUGUUCCAUAUCGUGCUCGACAGCUUAGGAAUCUCUUGUGUGAUCUGGGACCUUCCUUUAUUAAAGCUGGUCAGGUCCUUGCAAACAGGCCAGAUAUUAUUAGAGAAGAUUAUAUGAAUGAACUUUGCAUUCUUCAAGAUGAUGUUCCUUCAUUUCCCAAUCAAAUUGCCUUUCGUAUCAUGGAGGAGGAACUGGGUCAGCCCCUUGAAGCUGUUUUCAGUAGAAUCUCAUCUGAGACUAUAGCAGCUGCAAGUUUAGGUCAAGUGUACCGUGCUACUUUACGUGGCACAGGCGAGGACGUCGCUAUCAAGGUUCAAAGACCCGGUAUAGAGCCAAUAAUAUAUCGAGAUCUUUUCCUAUUUCGCACUUUGGCUUCAUUUUUAAAUGGCAUUAGUAUGCAGAAAUUGGGUUGUAAUGCUGAGCUGAUUGUUGAUGAAUUUGGCGAAAAGCUUUUGGAAGAGCUGGAUUAUACCUUGGAAGCUCGAAAUCUUGAAGAUUUUCUUGAGAAUUUUAAAAAUGAUCCUACUGUCAAAAUUCCUCUGGUGUACAAACAAUUUUGUGGUCCACGUGUGUUAGUAAUGGAAUGGAUUGACGGCAUUAGGUGCACCAAUCCAAAGGCCAUCAAAGAAGCUGGUCUUGAUGUAGACGGAUUUUUGACAGUCGGAGUGAGUGCCGCCCUCCGGCAAUUGUUGGAAUUUGGAUUAUUUCAUGGAGACCCUCACCCUGGAAAUAUUUUUGCCAUGCGUGAUGGACGAAUUGCAUAUGUGGAUUUUGGCAAUGUUGCUGUUCUAAGUCAGCAAAAUAAACAGAUUUUAAUUGAUGCUGUUGUCCACGCUGUGAAUGAGGAUUAUGCUGAGAUGGCUAAUGAUUUCACCAGAUUAGGCUUCCUAACACCAGGGACUGAUGUCACUCCAAUAAUUCCUGCUUUAGAAGCAAUUUGGCAGAACUCUUCUGGAAAAGGGCUUUCAGAUUUUAAUUUUCGUAGUGUCACUGGAAAGUUUAAUCAGUUGGUUUACAAUUAUCCCAUUCGAAUCCCAGAAAGGUUUUCGCUUGUUAUCCGUUCUUUAUUGACUCAAGAAGGCAUCUGCUUUACUCUUAAGCCUGACUUCAAAUUUCUUGAGGUUGCCUAUCCUUAUGUGGCAAAGCGACUGUUAACAGAUCCAAAUCCAGCUCUACGUGAGCGGCUCAUACAGGUUCUGUUCAAAGAUGGUCUUUUUCAAUGGAAACGGCUUGAAAAUCUUAUUGUUCUUGCAAAGGAAAAUGUGACCAAGAUGAGCAGCAAUCCAGCGUUGCAAGUGAAGAGCACGCAAAACCAGAGGGACCGGAAAGUUGAAAGAAAAUUGGACCUCACAGACACAAUCAAAGAUGGAGCUCGCCUUUUCUUCAUUGAUGAAGGAAUACGUAGACAGCUUCUUCUCGCUUUGACGGAAGACUCCAAGCUUCAUAUUGAAGAGCUUGUCGACGUGUAUAGGUUGGUUGAAGAUCAGAUAGACAUGCCCACAGUGGCUCUAGAAGUAGCUAGAGACUUACCAACGGUUGUCAGGGAUCUCCUACUUUCAUGGAGUCAGUCAGUCUUAUCCGAUAGAUAGAAGCUAAAUCUUUGGACAGUGCAUUGGAAAUGCAGAUAUUGUUUCGGUCAGAUGAGUAUACUUUUGUUUUUUUUGAAACUCAGAUGAGUAUACUUAACACCACAUGUUAUAUAUUUCCUCGUUAAUUAUUUAUAUUGGGGAGAUUUAUAUGAAAUUGUAUAUGGCUGCCACACUCUGUAACUAAAGGAAAUAACUACUACAUUGUAUAGGAGACACAUUUUGCCUCAGUAAAUAUUAAGUUGAAUGUAUCAUAGGGAGAUCCCAAUAGUUCAUUUACACAAAACCGUGACCUUCAUUCAACGUUAUUUAUUGUACAAAUCCAACUCUUAUUAGUUAUUUAAACCUUUCUGCUGCUGCUCA